UGUUAAACACACCUGUCAAAAAAAAGCCAUACCUUCUCUCUUUCCCAGCAAGCAAAACUCAAAGCUAAAGAAUUAAGCUCAGACCCACCACCCUUCUGCCCGCCCACUGCUCACACUCGCCGUCUUCCUCCUCCAUGGCUCCUCGCCGCAGUAGCUCUCCAUCUCUUCUCCUCAACCUACCAUUACUAAUUCUUCUCUUAUCCAUCUUUGCAUUCUUUCUCUUCUUCUUCAUCGCCGUCCCUUCUUUUCUCUCUUCUACUCAUACAAAACUUCGACCCAAUGCUGUCAAGAAGAGUUGGGACUCUCUUAACAUCUUCCUUGUUUUGUUUGCGAUCAUAUGUGGGAUCUUUGCCAGAAGAAAUGACGAUGACUCUGCUGUCGGCGAUGAUGCUAGCAACGCCAACCGUAACGCUUUACAUGGUGUUCAUGGUAAUAAAGAAGAACUCCAUCAUGGCUCCAAUCAAUGGUUUGAUCAGUUCGCUGCUGCGACACCGGCGACUGGAGGUAUGCGGAGGUUAAAGAGAAGCAGUAGCUCCUACCCAGAUCUGAGGCAAGACUCUUUUUGGGAAUCUGCCGAUGAUCGGUCUCGGUUCUAUGACGAUUUUGAAUUAAGCAAGUAUAGAUCAUCGGCGUCAUCUGAAUACAUGUAUCAUCGCAGGCAGCGAAGUGUGUUUGAAGAACCUAAUUUUAAGGAAAUUCCUGUUGAUACUUAUGUACUUCGUUCCCCACCGCGAUCGCCGUCGCCUCUACCGCCACCAAAGUCGCCUGCUCCACCUCCUCCGCCACCACCCCCUCCCCCACCAGGGGCAAGCAAUCAAAAACAGAGGCGAACGUAUAGAACAGUUCCACGUACAGAAAAGAUAGAGAAAGCGGAAAAGAAUGAAACUGAAUUCUCAAGGCAUGAAAAUUCUCCACCAACGCCACCUCCUCCUCCUCCACCCCCACGCCCUCCACCGCCUCCAUCGGUUAUCAUGGCUACUCGAUCAGAGCGCAAACACUGGCGUAAAAAGACUAAUCCGACUAAGGAGUUAAAGAUGGCUUUGAUUUCGUUAUACCAUCAGAGUAAAAGAAAGAAGAAGCAGAAAACAAAGAGUUUAUACGAUGAUACACCUCAGUAUCAGCCUGAAUCACCAUCCUUUCGUAUACCUCCACCUUCGCCACCACCUCCUCCUCCUCCUCCUCCUCCUCCCCCUCCUCCAUCAAUGUUCCAUAACUUGUUCAGAAAAGGAAGCAAAAAUAAGAGAAUUCAUUCAUUUUCAGCCGAAUCGCCACCUCCACCGCCACCUCCUCCUCCACCUCGACAGUCUCUCUCCACAUCAAAGAGGUGGUCCAAACGUAAGAUUCAGGUACCACCUCCUCCACCUCCACCGCCACCGCCCCCAGCACCAGCAACACCUCCACGAGCACCCUCCAGACGUCGAAACUAUACAACAACAGGCCGUCCACCAUUACCAACAAGAAGCAAUAAUUCCUACGAGGAAAAUGUGAAUAACGGAGGGCAAUCCCCUCUCAUUCCUAUGCCUCCACCACCUCCACCUCCGCCAUUCAGAGUUCCAGGGUUUAAAUUUACAGUCAAAGGAGACUACGUUAACAUAAGAAGCAGCCAUAGCUCACGGUGCAGCUCUCCAGAGCCGGAGGAGCUAGACAAGCAGACAACGGAGAGAGUCAGCGUGAUGGAGGGAGGAGAAGCGAGCGGUGGAUCCGUGUUCUGUCCCAGCCCGGAUGUGAAUGCCAAGGCCGAUACUUUCAUUGCCAGGCUAAGAGACGAAUGGAGACUGGAGAAAAUAAACUCCAUGAAGGAGAAGAGAAGUAUGAGCCUCGGCCCAGAAGGAAGCCCAAGUACAGGCCCAUCAACAACAUGGAGCUGACUCAAAGAAUUACUUUAACAUAUAAUUAAUGCACUAUAGUAUGAAAAACACUAUAUAAAUAGGAAGGAGCUCUGAGUUUCUUUUUUUCAGCCACAUCUUGGAGCUACCCUCAUAGAGAAUGUGAGUUUUUUUUUUUUUUUUUUUUUUUUUUUUUU